AUGGUCCAAUCAGCUGGCGAGGGCUAUAGCGUUUUGACUGUCACGCAAAAGAGGCUUACCGUCAUGGCAGCUUCACUUGCCUCACUCUUUUCGCCAAUGGCAACAGCCAUCUACUAUCCAUCUCUUGAUACGAUAUCCAAGGACCUCAAUGUCUCAAACACAAAGAUCAACAUUACUAUCACACUUUUCUUGGUAAUCCAGGGGAUUGCCCCUGCCUUUGUAGCUGAUACUGCCGAUCGCCAAGGGCGACGGCCGAUGUACAUUUUCUGCUUUGUUGUCUUCUCGGGGGCCAACAUCGGACUGGCAUUGCAGAACAAUUAUACAGCGCUGCUGGUAUUAAGAAUGCUGCAAAGCGCGGGGUCCUCUGCGACUGUUGCUCUGGCGAACGGGGUCGUUGGCGAUAUCAUCACUUCGUCAGAGAGAGGAAGUUACGUUGCAUUUGCCUCUCUUGGAAGCGUAUUUGGACCUAUGGUCGCUCCCAUCCUCGGAGGUAUCAUUGGGCAAUAUGCGGGCUGGCACUGGAUAUUCUGGUUCUUACUGAUUUUCUCUGCUGCUGUUUUCAUCCCACUCAUCCUCUUCAUGCCCGAAACUUGCCGAAAUGUUGUCGACAAUGGGUCUAUACCUCCACCAUCCUUCUCUCAAAACAUCACGGAUGCAUUGAGGCAUAAACACCGGACACAGAGGGGAUUGAAUUUCAAUGUAGCCAAACAAGCGGAGAUUGCCAAGAAGUAUCGCUUUCGGCUUCCGAAUCCGCUCUCAACUUUGAAGGUGCUGUUAGACUUGGAGAGCGCGAUCCUUCUCAUCUCUACCGGGCUUGGAAUUGGUUGCUUUUACGCCAUCAGUACUGGCGCCUCGGUCGCGUUCGCGAGCAACUACGGAUUCAACCAAAUCAAAAUCGGCCUCAUGUUCAUCCCUAUUGGAGCCGGAAGCAUCUUUUCUGCAUUAACAAUCGGAAAACUGGCAGACUGGAACUACAGACGCUGGGCCAAGAAGCUUGGCAUACCCGUGGUCAAAAAUCGUAGACAAGACCUGACCAACUUCCCCAUUGAAAGAGCCCGUCUGGAAGUCGUGUUUCCCUUAUUCUUCGUGGCAGUUGCUAUCACCAUCGCCUACGGCUGGAUUCUCACGAAGAAGAUCAGCGUCGCUGUCCCGGUCGUUCUGCUCUUCUUCAUAGGCUUUUCGCUCACGGCCACAUUUCAAAUCCUCAAUGUUUUGAUGGUGGAUAUCUAUCCUGGCAAACCUUCGGUAGCAACUGCAGCAAAUAACUUCACCAGAUGUGAGAUCGGUGCCGUGUUCUCGGCGAUUUUGUUGCCGCUUGUGGAUUCGAUUGGGUGGGGUUGGGCAUACACGCUUUUAGCGUUGCUGUUUAUUGGUUUUGUGCCCAUGUUACUUUUCGUUAUGCAAAGAGGUCCGAAGUGGAGGAAGCAGCGGAAAGCCAGUGAAGAUAAGGCAAUGGCAGGGAGACAAGAGAAACGGGAUUUGAAGGCUGCUGCGAAAGAGAGGAAGGCUAACGGUGAGACAUAG